ACUUUAUUGGCCUUAAAGUAAACUAUUUUUUAUGACGUUAGUAUCCACAAUUGUUUAAAACGAGUCUUGUUUAUUUAACACGCUCCACAAGCUUUCUACUAUGGCGGACUCUACAAAUAUGUCAUUAGAUGACAUCAUACGAGCUGGUAGGUCGCGUGGUAGAGGUGGCACGAACAUACGCGGGCGAGGACGCGGAGGUGGGCGCGGCCGCGGUGCGGUCAGGCGGGGGCGGUCAGCGACUCGCGCGGAGACCCCCGGGGCCGCGGGCGCGCGGUCUAGAUCCCGCUCGCGGUCGCGGUCGCAGGUGCGCCCCCGCGGCCGGGGCCGAGGCCGAGGCCGCGGACGCUCGCAGUCCCGAUCUCGUCAGCAGCGGCGCUCCACUUCCCGGGCUAGAUCGGCGUCUCGCUCGCGCUCACAGCAGAGAGGACUGACGCCGAGGGGAAGAGCAGAAUUAGAAACUCAAAACGUACCACUACAAAGCAGAAUAGGCAAAUUUAGAGGAAGUGGUCAAAAUCGUGUCAGCCGCACCCGUUCUACUUCCAAUGUGCGCGGCGACGUACGCAGCCGGCUCGGCGUGACGCGCGGCGCGCUCGCGGGCCGCGCGCGCCGCCCGCUCGCCGUCGCCAAGAGAGGCAUCGCCAAGCGCGGCCGGGGCCUGACCACACGCAACAAAUACACUUCGGUGGGAUUGAGAUCUGAUCAAAUACUAAAAGAACAACUUAAUAAGAAAGCGCAAAAUUUGCUAUUCCGGGAUAAUAUCAUUCGAUCUCAAACAUUUACUCGGUCCAGGUCGAGAUCAAGAUCGAGAAAUAAUUCAUUAUCAAGGAAUAAUUCACUGUCUCGGAGUAAUUCUCGAUCUAGGCACAAUUCCUUCACCUCGGCAUCUCAGUUGACUGUCAGCGUGGCUAAUGAUCUAGCAAAGCGACGUCGACGCAAUAGCGUUGGCAAUUCUAAUUACUUAAAUAAACAGAGCCUCGUUCAGCUGAAUAAUCAACUAGGUGGAUAUAAACAGCGGCGUGGGCCCGGGAGCGUCUACUCCGUGGGGUCCAACCGAUCAACCCAGUCUAAUAGAUCGAACCGCUCCAACGCCAGCGCGCGCUCGGGCCGCUCUCGGGGCCGCGGCCGCGGACGCGGGCGCGGGCGCGGCCGCGGUCGGGGAGUCAGCCGUAACUUCGUUAAUAAACAAGUCCUCAAUAGCAAACUGCAGAAAGAAAUUGCUGCUAUUCAAGGAAAAGCAUCGAACGGCAAUUCGAGUGAAGCGCCGGUAGGAAUACACUUUACUCCUACACCGGCAAGCACUACGCAAACCUUGCAUCAAAGGUUUGCUAGUUCAUAAAUGUUUAGCUUUCAUUAUUGCUAA